AAAACCAUGACGGUCAUCUCAAGCUUAAGAAUAUUAAUUAUGAAAAGAAUUGACUUAUAUUGCCAUUGCGCACCUUACUCCGGCGACUUCCAUGGCCGGGAAAGAGUCUUCUUCCCGUUUGUACGGAGCCCUCGUGGAUCGGUGUCAGAGCUUGGAGGAGAGUCACGCCAGACUUAGUGAGCAGCUUAGGGAGAUGUCGAUCCAGAAAGAUGAAGACGAUGUCUUGACGUCAGAUUCCGGCGAUAUGACUUAUUUUUAUCCCGGCGAAGACCGUACUGUGGGUAACUUCUCCUCCGGUAGUCCGUACAAGAGGGUGUUGGAGUCUUUGGGACAUGCUGUUCUUGUAUGCAGUGCAUCAUCAGGAGAGAUAGUAUUCUGGAAUCGUUCUGCUGAGAAUCUCUAUGGAUGGAAAGACUAUGAAGUAGUUGGUCAAAAAAGUUUCACCGAACUCCUUAUCCCUGAAGAUUAUUAUGUUCCAUUGCAGAAGAUUAUGAGGAGGUUGUUGCGAACAGGGGAACCAUGGUCAGGCCAAUUCCCUUUCAAGACUAAAUCCGGCAAAAAACUCAUGGCAAUUGUCACCAAAAGUCCAUUGUAUGAAAAUAGUGAGCUUGCUGGUGUCAUCGUUGUUGCAAGUGAUGCAGCAUUGAUCAAUAGGGCCGAAGCAGAUUCCACGACAUCAUGUGAGGAUACCGCUAAUGACCAAAAAAGAGAUCAGCAACGGUUAAAAUUCAAAAGGAUACAGUGGCACCCUCGGCCACCAGUUGUCCCGGUGGCUCCAGAGAUCGCAUCAUCUGUUUCCAAUCUGGCGGCAAAAGUAUUGGCAAAACUGCAGAUCAAGGGAUCUGGAAACUCUAGUAAUGAAAAUGAUCGUGGAAGCUGUCGACAAAAUGGAACAAGUUGUGAUGGUUCUCCAGUGGUGAACGAAGUGAAAAAUGAGCCUAGUUCUUCAAGUGAUUCAAAGAAAUCGCCAUAUGGCUCUCUUGUCGAUUCGGAUUAUAAAAGGGGAAGAUCCAGGAAAAGAAAUGCUUCCCUUCCACCUAAGGGAGGCAACUCAGGCGGAUGUGGUCAUGAACAACUGAAUGUAUUUGGAAGGAACGAAUGCAAUGAAUGUUAUGGUUCAUCCAAAAGUUGUAACUCAUUGGGAAAGUUAGGCUUCCAGGUAAAAUCAUUAGAAACAGAACCAGAAGAAUCCAACUUGACUGAUGUCCAGGUCGAAGAUGAAGCGCAAAGACAUGGUAAACAAUUCCCAAGUUCAGGAGAUAGCAGCAAUGGAAGCCAGAGAAGUUCAUCGAGCAAAGGUGAUCCUGAGUCCAACUCUGUUGUUGACUGUGAGAUCCACUGGGAGGACUUGCAUAUUGGGGAGGAGAUUGGACAUGGUUUCUACGCUGUUGUUCAUCGUGGAAUUUGGAAUGGAUCGGAUGUUGCCAUUAAGGUUUACUAUCGGAAUGAAUACAGUGAAGGAGCAUUACAAGAUUACAAGAAAGAGAUUGAUAUAAUGAAGAGGUUGAGACAUCCAAAUGUGUUGUUAUUUAUGGGAGCAUCAUACUCUCUAGAACGGCUAGCUAUUGUCACAGAGUUCUUACCCAGGGGAAGCCUUUUUAAAACACUUCAUAAGAGCAAUCAAGCAUUAGACAUCAGACGGCGUCUACGGAUGGCUCUUGAUGUUGCUAGAGGUAUGAACUAUCUGCAUCGCAGAAACCCCCCCAUAGUGCAUAGAGAUCUUAAGUCCUCUAACUUGCUUGUUGACAAGAACUGGACUGUCAAGGUUGGAGAUUUUGGCCUUUCAAGGUUGAAAAAGGCAACCUUUCUGACUACAAGAUCUGGUAGAGGAACGCCUCAGUGGAUGGCCCCUGAAGUCCUCCGUAAUGAACCUUCAAACGAGAAGUCAGAUGUGUUCAGCUUUGGUGUCAUUCUAUGGGAAUUAAUGACUGAAUCCAUUCCUUGGAACAACAUAAAUGCCUUACAGGUUGUGGGAGUUGUGGGAUUCAUGGAUAGAAGAUUAGAACUUCCAGAAGGCCUAGAUCCUCAAGUAGAAUCCAUCAUCCGGGACUGUUGGAAAAGUGAUCCAGAACAACGUCCAUCUUUCGAAGAUAUAAUCCGAAGAAUGUGUAGUAUAAUCUCAAGAUUUUCGGCUUUAGCCACUCGGAAGAGCUCAGAACAAUAGAACUUUAAGGUUUGGUUUUUCAGCUAAGUACUAACGCUCGUGUGAUAAAUUUUGUCAUAACUAGUGUAAAAAAAUUCUGCUUAAAUACAAAACUCAAAUGACGCUUACAUCUUGUACAAAGGAAAAAAAAAAUUUAAAUCCUAACUUUCUCGUAACAAGUCCUAGAUCAGAUUCCUAUUUGAAAGUAGUAUAAACAAAGUCUAAGCAAACAAUCAAUAACCUCAUUAAUGUUUAACAAUUUUUUUCUUUU